AUGCGGCGCAGCAGCCCCGCAAGCGCAGAGGGCUGGGCCGGUGUCCGGAGAGGGGUGUGUGUGUGGGGAGGGGGGAGUCUAUCCCCUGUCUGUGCGCCCCGGCUCCGUCCCUCUCUGCGCCCCUGCAGCCUCCUCCCUUGCAUCCCGCCCCCCUGCGUGCGUGCGCCCUGGAUCCGGACCCCUUCCUCUCGUGCGCCCUGGAUCCGGACCCUUUCCCCUCCGCGCGCCCCGGAUCCGGACCCCGUCCCUUCCCUUUCCCCGGAUCCGGACACUUUCUCCCUCCGUGCGCCCCGAAUCCAGACCCCUUCCUCUCCCUGCGGCCCGGAUCGGGACCCCUUCGCCCCUGCGGCCCGGAUCCGGACACUUUCUCCCUCCGUGCGCCCCGGAUCCGGACCCCUUCCCCUCCGUGCGCCUCAGAUCCGGACACUUUCUCCCUCCGUGCGCCCCGGAUCCGGAGACUUUCUCCCUCCGUGCGCCCCGGAUCCGGACCCCUUCCCCUCCCUGCGCCCCGGAUCCGGAGACUUUCUCCCUCCGUGCGCCCCGGAUCCGGACCCCUUCCCCUCCGUGCGCCUCGGCCCCAUCCCCUCGCAACUCAGGGCCGGCGCGGACUCACCUGUCCAGGGCAGCGGCAGCAGCGCGGAGUCCUGGGCAGCGGCGAGGCAGAGGCGCGGCGGGGCUGGGGCAGCGCGGGGAGCGCCGAGCGGAGCCGCCCAGCCCUGCGAUAUAAAUAACAUUAUCUGGGCGAGCAGGGACAUUCCUGCCCGAGGACAGCGCUGCUGCCCGGCCCAGAUAGUCCCGCUGCCUCCAGGGGAGGGAGGGGGGAGGAGGCGCCCGCCCCGCAAUGCAGCACAGCGGGCCCCCAGGCCAGCGCCAGCAGCGGGCACCCGGCGAUGCCCAGCAGCGGCGCCGGGACCAGCAGGCCCGCACCAGGGCUCGGCCACACCCAGCGCGGCUGAGCCGGACCGGCACAUCCCCACAUUGGCUGUCCGGCUGCUAAAUUGAACUGGGUCCAGUGCCUCCAGCCCUGCCUGCCUACGGAAGGGCCGAACCAACCCGAUACAACACAGGCUGGAAGCGAGAGCUUGAGUCCAAAGCACUUGAAAAACCUCCCAAGCCACUUGUCUUUAAGAAGGGCCAGACAUCUGGAACGGUUGCAAAUCUACAAACGUUUGGGGACAGGGUCCAGGGAUAACUAGGGCCAGGGUUUUCAAAAGGCACCAAGAUCCAGCCGCUCGGGAAAGCCCAGCAUGUCACGUGCUGAGCCCUUGGAAAUCUGGCCCUGAGCUGGAUGGAAAGUUUGGCCCUACAUGUCUGUGCAGUGUCUAGCACCCAGGGGCCGGAACUUGGCUAAGGCCUGGAGGUGCUGUAUGAAUAACUGUCGAUUCCAGUUUGCUCACCCCCGUUAAAGGGCCGGGCCAUUCGCUGCGCAGGCUAGGCCCGCACGGGUGCGAUACAAAGUAACAGCAUCCAACAAUGGACCAACUAGAGCACAAAUGAUAAACUGCAGCGAGAUCGGCGCAGAACACAAAGCCUCCGCCUGAGCCGGGGGACAGUUCAGAUAACGGCCUAUCUCGGCUAAACCAUGGCAGGGCCAAGCGAGCGGAGUGAUUCCCCCUACACCCAGCUGCAAACACUCAGUCUCCGGUAUCUCUAAUUGCAGUGACUCCCCAGCCACCCUCCACAGCUGGUUCGCUGAUAACGCAUUCGGAGGGGCAGCUCCUUAGCUGGUGUGAAUUGUCCCAACUCCCUUCAUGGCUCUUCCCCUUAGAGACUUGGGGCCAGAUCCCCAGCUGGCAUAAACCAGUGCUGGCUCUUCGCAGCAGCAUUCAAUUGCUGCUCUUCCAAUUGGCACCCACUCUAGGGACCCACAAGUCUUGAACCCAGGGCCUUGGCAGCCCUCACACUCCAGCAGCACCCAGCGCUAUUGGAAGCGAGAGGCUAGCAUAACUCUGCCUCCUCCCAGAGCCCCCACCCGCUAGGGGACGAUGACUGGCCCCUUUGAUUGGCCCAGCCAUCCUAUUUAAGCCAGAAGGAGGCACAGGAAGUUGUCUGGACAAUUCGGUGACUUCCUGACUGGCUGCUGUACUGCACCUGACCAAUGCCUUGAUCCCUGGUUCCUGAUUCCGGCUCUGACACCUGGCCUGGUUCCUGAUUCCGGCUCUGACACCUGGCCUGGUUCCUGAUUCCGGCUCUGACGCCUGGCCUGGUUCCUGAUUCCGGCUCUGACACCUGGCCUGGUUCCUGAUUCCGGCUCUGACGCCUGGCCUGGUUCCUGAUUCCGGCUCUGACACCUGGCCUGGUUCCUGAUUCUGGCUCUGACCGCUAGGCUAGACAGCCCAUUUCCCAGUUCUGAUACCAGUUGAGGAUCUCAUCGAUGAAGAUUUUUUCUAAUGUAAGCCUGGCUUUAACUAAUAUCACACCUGAAUUGUCCCUGCGACUAGAAUAACCCAU